AUGUUUCUCCCGGUGUACCUCAGCAACAAUGAUCAGCACUUCACUGAGGUUCCCAUCAUGCCAGAGACGAUGUGCAGAGAUGUCAUGGAGCUCUGCAAGGAGCCUGGCGAGGCUGAGUGCUACUUGGCUGAGAUGUGGAGAGGGACAGAGCGUGUAGUGGAAGAAGAGGAGCGAAUGCUGGAGGUGCUGCAGCGAUGGGGGCAGCAGAGGGUGGAGGUGCGUUUCAUCCUGCGCCAUCUAAGAGCUCCUGGACGAGAGUCAGGUGGGUGCAGAGCUGCAGAUCAGAUGAUGAAAAGGAAGCAAGUGAAGUCUAGAGAUCUCUCCACAGAGAGAUCUCUAGAAAAUGGGGGAUCAGCUCCGUGUCUGGAAUCGGAUGCAACUCUGAGCGAGCUGCAGGGUCUGGCCUCCCUCCAGCAGCAGCAGAUCAGUACCCAGCAGCACCUGCUGGCCUCAAAGGAGCAGCAGCUGCACUACCUGCAGCUGCAGGACCAGAGACCGCAGCAGCGUCAGGAGUUGCCCGAACAGGAGCGACUGCGACAGCUUCGAGAGAACGCACACAAUCAGGAGGCCAAACUGAGGCGGGUCCGGGCCCUCAGGGGCCAGGUGGAGCAGAAACGCCUCAGCAACAACAAACUAGUGGAGGAGAUUGAACAGAUGAGCAGCCUGUUCCACCAGAAGCAGAGGGAGCUGCUGAUGGCUGCAGCCAGGGUGGAGGAGCUGAGCGACCAGCUGCAGGCCCUGAGGAGCAGCAGACUGCAGCCUCCUCUUCCUCCUCACCAACACACCUCCUCCACAGCGGAGCUGGAGCACCUCUGUGGUGAGAUGCUGAGAGACCAGAAAAGCCUUUCUGAUUUGGACCUCCCGCCUCCCCUCCCCUCACGAUCCAGUCACACCACCGAAAACCUGCUCAGGGAUAAUCAGGUAUCGGCCUCAGGUAAAAGUCUGUCCAAGAUGAUGCUGCCACCUCCAGUUCCUAGUAAGCCAAAAUCAACCUUGUCCAAGCCGUUGUAUAACACUGGGACGUUCCCCGGUAAGAAGGUUAGGCCUGUUGGUGGUCACCUCAAGGCUCCUGGAGUCCUGUCCAUCCACAGCAACACCCUCCCUUUGCCCAACAAACAGGAGAGCCCCCCAGCUGCUACUGUUCGACCAUACACCCCUGACCUCUCAGAUGGCCCUGCUCCUGUUCUGCAGAAGCCUCAGUCUCUGGCAGCUUCAUCCAUCUACUCCAUGUACACCCAACAAGCUACUCCAGGAAAGGGGUACCAACCAGGCCAGGGCACACUCCCCCGCAGCAAGCCCCCAGUGUAUGGAAAACCAGUAGCAACCAGUGGGGGGCAGCAAACAGUCAGCUCAGACAACACUGCCAUAAAUUCUGGAUUUUGUGGGUCCGACACAAACGAGGCUGAAAACAAUUUGCAAAGUACAGGAGAAAGUGACACAAUAGAACGUGCAACCCCUCGGCCUCUAAGCCCCACCAAACUCCUCCCCUUCCUGUCCAACCCACACAAAAACCCCAAUGAUGCUGACCUCGAGGCUGUUCGCCGCCGGCUGCACGCUGUCCCUCGACCUCUGAAGAAACGCAACUCUAUCACGGAGCCUGAAGGUCCGUCUGGACCCAACAUCCUGAAACUGCUCUACCAAAAGACCACUCUGGCUGCUAUGGAAACCAUCCCCAUGGAGACAGUCAGCGCAGCAGGGACAUAUGUUUCCGAGGACAGGAUAGCUUGA